UCUGGAGCAGCGGAGGAGUCACGUGGGUUCAACUAUGACAGAAUGGCUGAUGGACGAGAGGAUAAUAAAUCCGAGGAGUUGAUAAAUGCCGGGGGGAAAUCGUCUAAAAAGAGUUUUGAUGAUUCUGAACAUAUUCUGAGGAAACGACCGCCUUAUGCCUUCCCCAAGAGGAGCAAGGACGUUUAUGCUACGAAUAAAACUGCUUUCAAGGCACAAUUGAGUGUCUGUGAAAAACUGCUGGAUUCAGGGGAGCCAGAGAUUAUAAUCCAUGGAUUAGGAGCUGCGAUUAAUCGAGCUUGUAAUUUAGCCCUUCAGCUCAAGAAAAAUUCCAGUGGAACGUUGGAUAUUGAUAUACGCACCUCUACAGUCCAUCUCAUCGAUGAUCUCGAGCCUCUGAAGGAUGAACUAGACUGCGAAGUGAACACCCGCAACAAUUCCGCAAUCCACAUCAGAGUGUUUCGAACAGUCGUAAUAGGACCCCUGAAAUAUGCCUAAAAAAAUCCAAAACUCUUGAGGAAAAUUCCCCACAUUAAUUCCGCGAAAGAUGUCUUCCCUCUGAUCCCCAGUUCCACUUGCUCCACAAAACCG